AGGAUGGCUAGCCCAAAAAGAAGAAAAUUGCAGAGAAUUGAGAAAAUUGGAAUCCAAAGGAGAUGUAGUUGUCCUUUUGACCCCAUUGGACCUAUGAGGCAUUCAAGGCUGUGACCCACUGGCAAACAGGGCCUGUGUUGGUCACCAUCUCCAUGGAGCCAGCAUGCAAGGAGGCGCAGGACACUUUUGGGUCUUGGAAUACUGGCCCAAUGACCCCCAACCCGGUCUGGACGGCUGUCUUUGACUAUGAGGCCGCAGCGGAAGAGGAGCUGACUUUGCGGAGGGGAGACCUGGUGGAAGUCCUGUCGAAGGAUUCCACCAUCUCUGGGGACGAGGGCUGGUGGACGGGCAAACUCCAGGACAAAGUGGGCAUCUUCCCAAGCAACUAUGUCACCAGCAACCACAAGUACACCCAGAUCCAGGGCUCCCUCACCUUCCCACCUCCACUAGAAAUCUCCUUCCAGGAGCUGGAACUGGAUGAGAUCAUUGGAGUGGGGGGCUUUGGGAAGGUCUACAAGGGGCUGUGGCGCGGGGAAGAGGUCGCCGUGAAGGCCACCCGUCAAGAUCCUGAGGAGGACAUUGCCGUGACAGUGGAGAAUGUGCGGCAGGAGGCCCGGCUCUUCGCCAUGCUGCGCCACCCCAACAUCAUCGCCCUCAAGGCCGUCUGCCUCAACCCGCCCAACUUGUGCCUGGUGAUGGAGUAUGCCCGCGGAGGGGCACUCAACCGGGCACUCGCCGGCAAGAAGGUGCCUCCCCAUGUGCUGGUCAACUGGGCUGUCCAGAUUGCCCGGGGCAUGAACUACCUCCAUAAUGAAGCCAUCGUUCCCAUCAUCCACCGAGACCUCAAGUCCAUCAACAUUUUAAUCCUGGAGCGCAUUGAGAAUGAGGACUUGAGCAGCUGCACCCUCAAGAUCACUGAUUUCGGCCUGGCCCGCGAGUGGCACAAAACCACCAAGAUGAGCGCAGCGGGCACCUACGCCUGGAUGGCACCAGAGGUCAUCAGGCACUCCCUCUUCUCCAAGAGCAGUGACGUUUGGAGCUUUGGGGUACUGCUGUGGGAACUGCUGACUGGCGAAGUCCCGUACCGGGAAAUCGAUGCCCUUGCCGUGGCCUAUGGAGUGGCUAUGAACAAGUUGACGCUGCCUAUUCCCUCCACCUGCCCCGAACCCUUUGCCCACUUGCUUGAGGAGUGCUGGAGCUCGGACCCUCAUUCCCGACCAGACUUCAGCUCCAUCCUGCAGCAGCUGGUGGCAAUAGAGCAGUCUGCAAUGUUCCAGAUGCCAUUGGAGUCCUUUCACUCUUUGCAGCAGGACUGGAAAGUGGAGAUUGCGGGCAUGUUCCUCGAUUUGCGGACCAAGGAGAAAGAGCUGCGGAGCCGAGAGGAAGAGCUGCUCCGUGCGGCUGAGGAGCAGAAGACCCAGGAAGCAGAGCUACGCCGGCGUGAACAGGAGUUGGCGGAGCGUGAAAUCGACAUUGUAGAGCGGGAGCUGAACCUCAUCAUGAUGCAGAUGGGCCAAGAGAGGCCCCGGGUCAAGAAGCGGAAGGGGCACUUCCGACGUUCCCGCCUGAAGCUGCGUGAUGGCAACCGCAUCAGCCUCCCAUCAGGGUUUGAACACAAGAUCACAGUACAGGCAUCCCCGACUCUCGACCGUCGGAAAGGGUUGGGGUCCAAUGGGGCCAGUCCGCCUGGCAGCCCCAACAUCAUCCCACGCCUCCGUGCCAUUCGCUUGACACCUUUGGAUGGAAGCCGGACAUGGGGACGCAGCACUGCGAUCAAGAAGGAGGAGCUGGUGGGGACCAAGAAGAAAGGUCGGACGUGGGGACCCAGUUCCACCGUCCACAAGGAGAGACUAGGAGGAGAAGAAAGGUUGAAGUCUCUGUCUGAAGGCAGCAAGCAGUGGUCCUCCAGUGCUCCCAACUUGGGCAAGUCUCCAAAGCAUAUGCCACUGGCUGGAGGCUUUGCUAGCCUCAAUGAGAUGGAGGAGUACGCGGAGAAGGAGAGCAGCACACCUCACUCACCAUACAUGCCCCUCUUGCCACCGCCAGAAGGAGAUGUCAGUUUGAAGACCCUACCACCUUGUUCAGAGUGGCCCAAGCGGGGCGCAGCCUCCCACCACAAUCAUCGUCGCAGUGAGCUCGUGCUGCUGGGCUGUGCGUCCAUCUUGGCCUCCAUUGCCCUGGGCGCCGAGCUGGCAGAGUUGGCAGGCGAAGGGUUGAUGGCCCGUGCUGCUUCAGGUCCCCCCAGUUCUGUUACCCUUCUCUCCCUCUCCUCUCUCUCGGAUUGCAACUCCACCAAGUCCCUUCUGCCUUCGGACAGUGAUGAAGCCCCCAUGUAUGAGCCUCCCUGCCUUCCCGAGAGUCCCCCGCCAACUCCACGCCACAACCCACUGGUGGACGUCACCAUCGAGAGCUUCAAGAAGGACCCCCGGCAGUCACUUACCCCGACCCAUGUCAGCGCCACCCAGGCUGUCAAUAGGGGCCACCGCCGGACACCAUCCGAUGGGGCCAUCCGUCAGGGCUUGCAGGGUGGGGACUGCAAAGGUUUACAGGAAAUGUUGCCCUUCCCACGUUUGCCAGACAUUUCCCAGGCGGGUCACAAGGCCUCUUUGGACGCCAUGCCAGUUGAGCGUCCCCGGACACUGGCCUUUGCCCCGCGGCCUCGUCCGGCCUCAGGCCGGCACCGCAUUGACCCUUGGAAACUCAUCUCCCUCGGAAGCUCGUUGCAUCUCUCCUCACCCGGGGAGGCCGCCAAGGGGACCGCGGCCUUACGCCAGACUCUUCUGGACAUGGACAUGGAAGGGCAGAACCGGGACAGCACCGUGCCAUUGUGUGGGGGGCAAACCCCAUGCUGCAGCAUGGAGACGGACGUAUCUCAUUGACACAGCUGAGACUGGGAUAGUCGUCUCAGAUAGGGCUCCUUACUACUUGGCAAAUCCAUGGGUGAAUAUGUAGGACCUCAUCACCCUAGAGCAUGGAUCCACUUUAAAUCCAGUUUCUGCCUCCUGCUGAAUACUGGGGCUUGUAGUUUAGAGAGGGGUCUUUAAACUACUCAGCCAGACAGGUCCUGGGCCUCACUAACUACAAGUCCCAUAAUUCUGCAGGAUUUAAAGUGGAUCCAUGCUCUAGUGCAGGCAUGGGCAAACUUUCUAAUUUGGGGGUCGCAUUUUGGACCGGGGGGGAGGGGUUUCUACGCAAGCCCCCUCCCUACUCUUUCCUCCCCUUCCUCUUCUCUUUCGGAGGCAGAAAGUGAAGGAAAGAUGGGAAACAUUUGGAUCCCAAAAGGGUUACCGUUGGUCAGGAUGAGAUGGUGGAUGGGAGAGUGUAUCAAUUAGACCCUGUAUUGCCUUCUCCUGAUAUAGAAUCCUAGGAUCCUAAAGCUAGAAGAGACCCUCAAGGGCCAUCCAAUCCAACCCCCUGUCAUGCAAGAAGGCACAAUCAAAGCACUCCCGAUAGACAGCUUGUCUGGAAAAGUCUCCAAAGGAGAGUCCACCAGGCAGCCUACGACACUCUCCAACAGCUCUUACUCUCUGGAAGUUCUUCCUAAUCUUUUCAGUUGAAUCUCUUUCAUUGCCAUUUGAAAUGCAAAGAUACAGAAUGGGGGACAAUGCCUGGCUCAAGAGCA